UCACUGUUUGCCCCACCCUGAGCUCCUGCACUAAAGUUUGACACAGACCCUCCACCGCUGCAUGUGUUAGGACAGAAGAAGCUGUUCUUAUUACCACAGUCUGUUGGACUCUGAGUGUAGAUUUUCUGUCCACAUCCACAUACCUACCAAGGAUCACUUCAGGAUGCCUCUUGGGGGUGGAAACAAAUGUGGCUGCUGCCAGAAAACAGUGUACUUUGCAGAGGAAGUGCAGUGUGAAGGACGGAGCUUCCACAGAUCCUGCUUCCUGUGCAUGGUGUGCAGGAAAAAUCUAGACAGCACUACAGUGGCCGUCCAUGAGAAUGAGAUCUACUGCAAGGCCUGUUAUGGCAAAAAAUACGGGCCCAAAGGCUACGGCUACGGCGCUGGUGCAGGAACUCUGAGCAUGGACAAAGGAGAGUCGCUGGGCAUUAAAGUCGAGGAGCCUCAAGAGCACCGGCCCACCAAUAACCCAAACACAUCCAAGUUUGCUCAAAAGUUUGGCAGCUCUGAUGUUUGUCCACGGUGUAGCAAGGCCGUCUACGCGGCUGAAAAAGUCAUAGGGGCAGGAAAUGCAUGGCACAAGGGUUGUUUCCGGUGUGCGAAAUGUGGAAAGGGGCUGGAAUCCACAACUUUAGCUGACAAGGAUGGAGAAAUCUUCUGCAAAGGUUGCUAUGCCAAAAGCUUUGGACCAAAAGGCUUUGGAUAUGGCCAAGGUGCUGGAGCGCUGUCACACACUCAAUAGAUUCCCUACACCACAACCUUUCCUAUACAUUCCCCAUUGUGAGCAUCCGUAGAAGCAGCUGAACACCUCCUGCUCAUGUACAUGUGAAUGCAUGUCAGCGUCUUCAAAAAGGAAACCGGCGUCAGUCGAGAAGGAAACCAUUGUUCAGAUGCUUCGGUCUAAUUCUUAAACAAGACGACACA